GAUUCUGCGUUGAUACGCACUGUUUAUACGAUUGUUUCAUUUACGCAAUUAAUAUUACAGUGUUACAAAAAUGUUACAAUUUAAUACGACAUUUUGUACUGUAACAACUAGAUUUACGUUUCGGUUAUUAUGGCGAUUAAAUGUGUCAUUUAAUACAAAUUCAGCAACACUAACCUCUGAAUCUGUUAACAAACUUAAGCCUGACCAUCAAAUAAUAUCAUCAAAUGCCAAAGCUAUCGAUGAUCAACAUGUAGCUUUUAAUCAACUUAAGACAAAACUAUGUCAUAAAUUCAGUAUGAAAUCUGUAGAUCUUACCCAGAUUAAAAAUGCAAACACUGUACAUGACCUAAUAGAAAUUAUGAAAACACCUAAAUUAAGUCAACAUGAUAUUGCAAAUGCUAUGGCAACCAUUGUAACAUGGAUAAAUGUAAAUAAUACAAAGUCAUCACGUAACAAAAUAUCAGUUACAAGUCCAGAAAAUGUUCAGGAAAUAAAAUUUUCAGAAUCCAAGGAUAAUAUAAAUGAAGUCAAACUGGCUAAAUAUUGCGAUUUUUCAACAGCUGAAAUGAUCAAGGAAAUAAACAAACUAUCAACAGCAAGGAAUAGAAAUAUAUAUCUUGUAAAGUUUUUCUUUGAAAAUAUUACAAAAUAUAAUACUCUAUUAUCAGUAGGACAAUGUUCAUCUUUACUCUUUAAUAUGAGUAUUUUAAAUUAUUCUGAUGAGGAGUUACUUAAAAAAAUUUGUAAUGAUUUAACACAGAGAGGAGAUAUAAAUUCAGAAACAUUAAUGUCAAUAUUAAAAUCUAUGGCAUGUGUCAGGUAUAAAAAUGAAAUGUUUUUGAAGCAUGUAUGUGAUAUUGUCACUGAUUCAAAAUCGUUUCAAUCCUGGAGGAUUAUAAAUAUUAUAAAUAUUUUAUAUUCAAUGGCAAUAUUAGGUUACUGUUCUGAAGAUGUAGAUAAAGUAAUAGAGAUGUACAAAUCAAAGUUCUCACACAGAACAAUCGAAAAUACUGAUUGGUUAAACUUAAUAUGGUCCUUAACAAUAUUUAAAAAGGCAUCAAUUUCAGAUAUUGCAUCUGUUUUAGAUGAAAGCUUUGUUUCAAAAAUAGUAUUGAAAGAUUCAAUAAUAAAGUCAUCCUAUCGGCUAAAAUUAUUAAAUAUCAAUGGGUAUGCACAAUAUGCAGUAAAAAAUUACGAAGGAUCUCUCCUUAGUCAAAAAAUUGUACCAUAUAUAACUAACAACCGUUCGAAACAGAAAAUAUUGUAUAUUGAUUUACUUCAAGAUACAUUAAAGAAUAUGGUGCCAUCUUUAUCUCAUUUUAAAAUGAAUGUAGAUACCAAAAUGGGUUUCCUUUUAGGUAUGGUAGGUAUAUUGAUGCUUGAUUAUUACGACAUGUGCCUAGGGGAUACAGAUUAUCAAGGAUUAAUUAAGUUACAUGAAUAUUUAUUGACAUGCAAAAAUUAUAGAGUUUUAUGCAUAUCUUAUCAAUAUUUUGGUUUAGAAGACAAAGUUGAAAAGCGAAUAACUUAUUUAAGACGUCAGUUGUGGAAGAAGUUUAACAAUUCAUUUUAA